AUGAGUUUCCAACGUGGUGGUCGAGACAACGCUUCGAGCUCUUUUAGCAAAAACUUGCCCUUUGGUUUGAGCUAUAGCGAUGUUGGUGUUAAUGAAACGACGGAGCUGCCGUCAGUGGCUUUACCUGUAAACGGGCCGGUAACCGGGAAGGAAAGAACGGUGUCUAUUACGAGUAUAAACUUUAUGAAAGCGGUGCGAGAUGGGCCCUUUUAUACGGGCUCGAUUGCGUUGGCUGUGAACGGAUCUGGUAAGCAGAAAGCGUAUUUCGAUGAGGAAGGCACCAAUGAUGGGAUAGAACGGUACUCGGACCGGUAUUUAAAGAAAAGAAAAAUUGGUGUGUCAAUAGACGAGCAUCCCUUUCAUUUGGAGCUUUUCCCACAGGAACUUUAUCAAGGAAUGGGAAUCAACAAGAAAAAACUGCUAGCGCUCUCGAGUUUAAAGAAAAGCGACGACGUUUUCACGGGCUCGAAGGACGGCGAGGCCGAAGGCUUAUCUAUGCUGGAAAAAUUGAAGGAACUAGCUGAAGAAGAUGAAGAAGAAGGUGUUGGUGCCGCUAGAGAACACGAAAACGAGGGCGAAGAACAGGAUGACGAAUUCGAUGACGAUGACGAUGACGACGAUUACAACGCAGAAAAGUACUUUGAUGACGGUGAUGAUGACUUCGGAGCUGAAGAAGAAUAUGGCGAUGAGCCUGCGUUUUAA